UCCACCGCGAUCCGUCCUUCCGACUGCGGUGCCUGGCAACAGAAAAAGACGUGAUGACGUCCUCUCCACAUUGCGUAUUAUGGGAUGUGCGGAAUUAAAACAACCCGAAGAGGACACGGGGACGACUAAAAUAUUAAAAGAGACAGAAAUAAACGAGGUGUGUGGUGAAUCAUGGAGCUCUCGGCUGUUGGUGAGAGCGUCUUCGCAGCAGAGUCCAUCAUUAAACGGCGAAUCAGACGGGGUCGCUGGGAAUAUCUCGUGAAAUGGAAGGGCUGGUCUCAGAAGUACAGCACUUGGGAGCCGGAGGAAAACAUUCUGGAUGCACGUCUCUUCGCUGCCUUCGAGGAGAGGGAGCGCGAAAGGGAGCUGUUCGGGCCGAAGAAGAGGGGCCCCAAACCUGAGACAUUUCUCCUGAAGGCCAAAGCCAAAGAAAAGGCGUAUGAAUUUAGACGAGAGGCUCCGAGGGGGAUCCAGGUUUCCUAUCCUGUCCCGGAGCUUGUCAUAACACCGAGGGCCCGGGAGGGUUUACGCACCGUGGUUCCUACAAUCUUCCCACCGAGCUCGGUCAACAGAGGGGAAAGUGUCCACAUCCGACCAGCAGAGCUCGAGAGGAGGCCCAGGCCGACUCCACCAGCUCCUCCGACAGUCCAAGAAGCCGUUCGGUUCCCCAAAAAGAGAGGGCGCAAACCGAAGCUGCAUUUAAAUUACGAUAACGAUGAAGGAGGCAGCUCAGUCGAGCCGGACACCAAACGGAGCAGGCCUCCGGAGGAGCCGGGGUCACACGAUUUGUCCAACAUGCCCCGACGCUUGCUCCAGCACGGAGAGACGUCAGAUCAAAGCCUCAUCCAGCUGACCAGGAGGUUUCAAGAGGAGACCACGAUAACACCCAAACACAGCAGCGUGCGGAGACACGAAGGUCUGUCUUACAGCUGCGCAUUCAGUCCAGAUGUGUGCGAAAGUGAUCAGGGGAUGCACAGGACUAAAUGUUUGUCCAGGUUGUCUAUUCCUCGGCCCAGCAGCUCCGCAGAACACCGGAAACACCAGGUGAAGGAGCGCUGUCUGCCCCGGGAACAACCUGCUGUCAUCUCCACACAGUCCGAGUCCAUCCAGGAUCAGUCCGCGCGAGCAGCCUCGACCUGGACCCCCAGUUUCACCAGUCUGGACACUGUGACUGUGACAGAUGUCACUAUGAACUUGUUGACAGUCACCGUCAGAGAAAGCAACACCGAGAAAGGCUUUUUCAGGGAGAAAAGAUAAGUAGGCCCAUGUACUUCCGAUGUAGGUCAGAGGAAGCUAAUAUAUGCGUAAAUAAUUGUUUAACAAGCUACUAACUAACACGCCUACCGUAAUACUAUAUUUUUUUCUAUGUAACUGUCAAACGUGUACAUACAAAUAUUUAAUACGCUGCUGAGAAAAUAAAAAAGUGAAAGUGAAUGUGAGUUAAUGUUUUUGUUCUCGGUCCUAUCAUUUUAAGAUGAUCCUUUUUUGUCUUUUUUUCGAAACUUUUCAACCAGUCAUUCAUUAUAAAAAAACAUGUCCUAUGAUUUUUGAAAUAAUCCCACAAUACGACUACACUAAAACGCAUCCAACUAUUGCUUGUGACAGUGUUCCCUCAAGAAAAAAGGAGUUUAAAGUUACAAAGUUUGAUUCGAGUUCCACCCAAAGUUAUUCUGGGUUUUGAAGAUCAUUUCCAUGUUUUAACUAAAAAGCCAUGUGACAUGGUUCUUAAUUCCCAAACCUAUUAUUAAUGUUUGUGUGCAUCAAACCAUUGAAAUAAUCAAUCUCACUUUGCAAGCAAAUUAAACUCCAGCUUCAACAUAUUUAUAUGACUUAAAUAAAUGAUCUGUACCUUUUUAGUUCCUAAUCUAAAACUAGACGGUGGAAUACAGUAUUUUUGUGAAGGCUUUUUUUUUUGUUAUAAUUCCUGCUGAGCAAGAUUUUGUUUGUACGAAAUACUUUUUACAACGAUUUUGGGAACAUAUUUGAACACAUGCAAAAGCUAAAAUGUGCUAAUUUGUCUUUGUUAAAAAAUAGCUUUUUUUUUUACAGUACUUUUGAAAGGGGAGCUUUGUGUCACACGAGACUGUUUCUGUGAUCACACCGGUUCAAAUCAAACCACGAGGGCCUGAUGUCAAGUUGAAGAAGUCCUGUUAUUAAUUGGCAUUCACGUUAAUUUGAAUUUCUUUUCCUUUUUUUGUUUUGCAAGUUGCAGUUGGAAAGCUAUGAAUCAUAUCCUAUGCAAAUAUAAAUAGCCCACAUCUUAGAACUGUGAGGCGUUGGUGGACCUAAGUAAAAUGUACACGCGUAUUCUUCUUGUUUCAUCAUCAGCACCAUUAUCUUCAUCAUAACUGUCGCUCGGUAAGAUUGCAGACGGUCAGACAGCAAAGGGCGAGUUAGGCCUUAAAGCUGAUCGCGAGGCUAUGAGUGAGUUAGUUUCGACAGUUUGAUGAUGAUGACGUUAAUAGGAUUACUUAUUGAAUGAGCCAUUUGAUUACUGUAUGCACAGAACAGAGGCUGAAUCACAGGAAGUGUUUCCCAAACUGUGACCUCGUGUCUGGUUAAAUGAUCGGAGGUGAUUUUCAAAUUUAUUUUUUAAUGCGUUAAACUGCAAUUUUAAGAUCACGUAUAGGCCGUAAUGUUUUCAAUCAAUGACGAUGGUUUCUGUCAGCACACCAUUGGGAUCACCUUGAUCCUUCAGCCUGUUACAAUAUAUGAAUGCUCCAGGAUCCAGAAGCCACUUCUGUCAGGCACAAAGCCUCCAUUCAUUUGACUUGGCUUUGUCUCUCCGAGACACAUGACCCAAUCUGACCAUCCGGUACUCCUGUGAGAACUGUCCGUCUGCUUUCUGUCUCACCGAUGCUCAUUUAAAAAUGUGGCUUAUAGGCCAAUAUCUCAAUUCGGUGUUGUGGUUUAAUGGAACAUGGUGGUGAAGUGCAGUUUUCAGAAAUGCAUGUAAUGCAAAAUUAUUUAAAAAAUGUCCUGCAACGUUGCCAACUUUGCAGUGUCUAAAAUGUAUCGCAUACAUAUUCUGUAUUCAUCUCAAAAUGUUUUGUCAAUAUAUUUCCAAAGUUGUGACGGAUAAAAUCACCCAAACUUCAGGAUUUACUUUGAGCAGCGCAGGCUUUUCCUGCAGCUGUGACAACAUCUGGUCAAAUUCUCCAUAUGAAUGUAAUUUACUCAACGACAUACCCAUCAAGAACCUCAGCCCUUUGAUCUGAUGCUGCCGGGAGCUAUAAGCAAAAACCUCGAGAGAGGCUGCAGCCACCAGCGCUCAGAGCGGCCUGCCAUGGUCACGCUCCACAGACUUUACCUCCACAAGAUGUCGCCACCAGCAGGACCUUGAAACGGUUCCAAAUUAUUUUUCGCACAAACACCCUGCAAGUUAAAACGAAGUGAAACCACUCAUCCACAGUGGAUUAAUCAUUGCUGAAAGCUGGUUACGUUUGUACUCAUCUACAAUAUUAGUGGUUGUUGAGUUACAGCCUCUGCCGGCUGAAAGGCUGCAGCAGACGUUAGUCCUCCAGAUGUGGGGGCGUUGUGCGUUGCAUCAUCCCGCCACUAGAUGAAGCUCCAGCACAGAUGCACACUGAAUUUUUUUGUCUUUUUCUAGCUGGCCUUUGGUAAAUUCAUAAAGAUUAGAUUAACUGUUCUUAAAGCAGGGUCUGCCACGUAAUGUUACUCAUGAUUUUGGAGGAAGGGUGGUCAAAUUAAUCUCAAUUUGAUACAUUUUUGUCAUUUCAUUGCCAAUUAAAUGUAGGCUAUAAAAUGCAAAGUAGCCUUUAACUUGUGUAAAAGUGAAAUAAUACGCGGACAGUCUCUCAGAGGUAAAGGAAUUAUUGUGCAGAAAGGUGUUCUGAUGUUACCAGAUGGCCCAAGGCUUUUU